GUCCAAUCAUCCAAUGCCGAGACAACACGAGGCUGUCAGCUGAUUUUCGCUAAAAGCGAAGGAAGCUGUUAUCAGCCUUGUGAUUCGAAGAUCUUUCUUGUCACGGUGCAGCCGUUCUGACGCUGAUAUUACACGUCAAUUGUAUUCGUACGAUAUGCACUGAGACGAGACUGGACGAGAAAACGCGCGGAUUAUAGAAACCGAGCUCGUCGCGAAAACGAUAUCCGGAGAAAGGCGAACAAUGAGGCCGCAAGCUGACGUAAGAUCAGGUGAGACAUCGCGAUCGCGUGAUUGUUUUUUGCGAGGAAAAUGUGCCGGGAAGUGGCGUGUUUAGAUGUCGAUCAGCAAACGUGCACGUAUAUCAGAAAUGGCGCGACGCAAUCUCAAAGUGACACGUGUAAAAGCGCGAGUGCCCGAAGCAGUCAAUGGUGAAAUUUCAACAAGAGCAGUAAUAAUUGUUGGACUCAUUUUUGUAGCCUCGUUGGCUGCGUUAUUUUAUGUGUACACGAGUUUUCCAGACUUAGAAGAAAAUGAAAGGCAGCAUAUGAAGCUACCGAUUCACAUAGAAGAUGCCAAGAAUUUGGGAAAACUGUUAGAACGAUAUAAGGAUUUAUAUUACUUCCAAGUAUUGGCCGGACUGUUUAUCAUAUACAUCUUCCUGCAAACAUUUGCCAUUCCUGGCUCUAUUUUUCUUUCAAUUCUUUCCGGAUUUCUGUUCCGUUUCCCGGUCGCGCUGAUACUCGUAUGUACAUGUAGUGCGAUCGGCGCCACUCUGUGCUACUUGCUGUCCUCAUUGAUAGGCAGGCGAUUGCUGUACAAAUUCUUUCCAGAAAAAGUAAACGAGUGGACCAUUACCGUGAUCAAACAUCGUGAUAAUCUACUAAACUAUAUGCUGUUCCUCCGGAUGACGCCGUUACUGCCAAACUGGUUCAUCAAUGUAGCCAGCCCGGUAAUUGGUGUGCCGAUAAUGCCGUUCACUGUCGGCACCUUCUUCGGCGUCGCGCCGCCUUCUUUCGUCGCCAUACAGGCGGGUCAAACGUUGCACAAUCUCACGUCGUCGAGGGAUGCGUUGUCGUGGAACAGUGUAAUCGUACUGUGUGUGUUUGCAUUGUUUUCCCUACUACCUGUGUUGUACAAGCAGAAGCUGAAGCAGAAGUUCGAGUAAACG